CUGCAUUUUGGAAAUGUUGGUGCGGAACGUGCGGGGAACCCUUGCAGCCGCCGCGCGGCAGUUCUCGGCUGCAGCAGUGACGGAGAAGGGUAUUGUUAGCGGAGGAGAAGGGAAAAAGAGUGGUGGUGGAGACACGCUUGGAAGGAGGCUGUUUAGUUUGGUGUAUGGAAAACGGAGUGCAGUAAUAACAAUAAGGAAAUGGAAGGAAGAGGGACACAACGUCCGAAAGUACGAGCUGAACCGGAUUGUUAGAGAGCUCCGUAAGCUGAAGCGGUACAAGCACGCCCUCGAGGUAUGUGAAUGGAUGACAAAGCAGUCUGAUAUAAAACUUGUACCGGGUGAUUAUGCUGUUCAUUUGGACUUGAUUGCGAAAAUUCGUGGUCUAAAUAGUGCAGAGAAGUUCUUUGAAGAUAUUCCUGAUAAAAUGAGGGAUUAUCAAGCAUGCUCAGCUCUUCUCCAUGUUUAUGUCCAGAAUAAAUCGAUCUCCAAAGCGGAGGCUUUGAUGGAGAAAAUGUCUGAAUGUGGGUUCUUGAAGAAUGCUCUUCCUUACAACCACAUGCUAUCAGUGUAUGUUGCAAAUGGGCAGUUGGAAAAGGUCGCGGAGAUCAUUCAAGAGUUAAAGAAAAAGACUUCACCUGAUGUUGUUACUUAUAAUAUGUGGUUAACUGCGUGUGCCUCGCAAAACGAUGUGGAAACAGCAGAGAAAGUCUUUAUGGAGCUGAAGAAGUCAAAAUUAGAUCCAGAUUGGGUAACGUAUAGUACGUUAACCAACUUGUAUAUCAAAAAGGAAUGCCUUGACAAAGCAUCGUAUACUCUGAAGGAAGUGGAGAAGAGAGCUUCAAAGAAAAAUCGAGUCACCUACUCCUCUCUUCUCAGUUUGCAUGCGAACAUGAAGGAUAAGGACGGGCUACAUCGAACCUGGAAUAAGAUGAAAUCGGUGUUUAAUAAAAUGAAUGAUGCUGAAUAUAAUUGUAUGAUAUCUUCACUUGUUAAACUUGGGGAGUUUGGAGGAGCAGAGAAUCUCUACAAUGAGUGGGAAUCAGUUUCUGCAACUCGAGAUUCUAGGGUUUCAAACAUAGUUCUUGCUAGUUAUAUCAAUAGAAAUCAGAUGGAAGACGCUGAAAAUUUUUGCCAGCGCAUGGUGCAAAAGGGCAUCACUCCCUGUUAUACUACCUGGGAGCUUCUUACUUGUGGUCAUCUGAAAACGGAGCAGAUGGAAAAGGUUUUAGAGAAUUUUAAGAAAGCCUUAUGUAGUGUAAGGAAAUGGACUCCUGAUAAAAGGUUGAUUGGAGAUAUAUUCAAGAAUCUGGAAGAGCGGGCCGACAUCGAAGGAGCAGAGAAACUACUGGUUAUACUUCGAGAUGCUGGCCAUGUGAGUACCAUGAUAUAUAAUUCUCUUCUUCGAACCUAUGCGAAAGCAGGUAAGAUGCCAGUUAUAAUUGAGGAGCGUAUGCAGAAGGAUAAUCUGGAGUUAGAUGACGAAACACAUAGGCUCAUACAGACAACUAGCACCAUGUGUGUGAGUGAAGUUUCAAGUUUGCCUAUUCUGAAAUAAACGGUAUACUUUGUCAUCUAAAUUCAGCAUUAGUAACUUGUGAUAUUCUGCUAUUCAGUUUGGGCUCCUGAUAAUUUGCAUUUGAAUUUAAUUUUGAUAGUCUGCAUUUCCCCUGGUGCAUCAGAGCUCCUUGAAAUCCUUUUGGAUGGAAUAAAGGGCCAUGGUUGGUCAUCUCCUCCACUCUUGUAUCUUGGUCUCCCCCCCACCGCCUUAUUCAUUAGGGUUCUACCAAUAGAUAGUUAUUAUUCAAGUGGACAAUUACUGAAUACAUCACGAGGCACUAGUAAUGACUCUGUUUAAGCAUUAAUCAUAUUCUGUGUUUUUGUUCCAUUUUUUUA